GGUAGAUUCAAGAUUACGGGGUCAGUGAUGUAUUCAAUAGACGGAGAGGUUCCAGAGAUACAACAUGCUGACAAAAAUGAUCACAGACACUCGAGGGGUAGGGGUUGCUAAUGCAAGAUCAUGUGAUUCAGUUUUAUAGAAGAUUUUCUGGAGAGAGAGAGGAAACAAACGCAAGAGUGUACCUCCAAGCCGUUCCUUAGCUUUUGAUCUGUACAAGAAAGACCGUGGUUAGAUCACCAAGAUGAAGUUGUUUUUAUCCCUCUACUGCUGCUGUUGGUUUUUUAUCCGAUCAGUUCGCGGACAAGGACAUGCGGCCUACGUCGACACUGACGAGUUCGGCGCUUCCUCUACUCCACCACAUGUUGAACCAACUUCUACGGGAGGAACAGCAGGAAUUGCCGACGUAGUAGUAGAAGAUGUCGCGGAUGACCAACCUGUUGGAGGGGCGGGUGGAGAUGAAUUUUCAACAUCCUCUGAUGGUGCAGAUGGCACAGCUGGCCAAAGGAAAAAGUCUGCCGCUUCUUCCUCCUCCAAGAAACAACAAUCGUCUCAACAACAAGGAAAGUCAGAUUUUGACUAUGCAUCGUUUAACUCGUGGUAUCGCCUUUUGCAAGGCGUUUUGCAUUCGCCCUUGAUGCUUUCCGUGACGCUGUUUAUGUCCUUCAAAUCCCUUGGUCGAUUCCGCAACAUGCGGAUAGCAGGUUGUGUUUUUCAAAACGUCGAAGACGCAAAGGCUUUGGAGCUGGAACUGGGGAAAGAGACGGCCACCAUCAUGAAGGAGGCACAGAUGAGCGAAGUCGACGGGCAUAUGUAUGAGAAGGCGAUGAAGACACACAUCGAAGUUAUGAUAAGGGAUCCAUUCCACAAAUCGUCCAUCUUCAGUAGCGUCCUUUCUGAAGGGGAAAAAACGUUCCAGGGUGCGUUUCAAGAUGAAUUUGUGGAAGGUCCUCUAACGAAAACGGCGUGAGACCCUCUGGGCGAUUCGGCAACAUCACGCACUACAGAUUUUGCACCGAACUGGCCAGAAGGAACGACGGCUUGUACAUGCUAUUUACGGGCUGGUUUUCGCCAGAGAAGGAUAGGCUCAUCGUGGAAGUGAAAUUGCGUAUAAAUUGUUGUUUUUGCUACUGAAUUGAAUGUGCUAGGAUCUUCCUUGGAGGAAGUUUUGUUGUAAAUGUCAGCCUAUUGCCUGUCUAAGUAGAACGUCCCUUGCUACAAGAACCUAGAUAAUGUUGGAAGGUAAAUUUUUUGCGAGAACAUAAAAAUGAAUCUUCUGAGAAGAGUUUCCUCCAUGUGGUUGUAUUUCUGGAACCCAUGAUGUCGUGACUUUCUUGUUGUCGUCCCUCCUCCACGACCACCUCCACAUGAUUCGCGCAAUAUGAUGUAGGUCACAUCCCCCCACUCACGCCAGCAUCUCUCGAACCCUUCUGUACUGCCGCUUUUCGGAAGGGAACCGGUUUUAGAGGCAUGCAUUCGGAUAUUAGGGAGUGUAAGCUGAGAAAAGUCCAGGAAGUCCCAGACAACGUCUUGGUGAUGUCCGACACCACAGAACACGGCCUGCAUCCCUUUAUGCAACCAGAGUUGAUACCCAAGAUUAUGGAAUGUGGUACCUUACAGUUACACGAGUUUUAGGUAAGAUUCAGCAGCCGUCGAAGUCUGCCGCAUUGGAUGGUAGAUCCCAACCUAACCUAACCUAGAUUAUGGAAUUUGGUACUUUACCCGAAUUUUGAUCAGACUAUUAACUUGCUUUUUUGUGUCUUGUUUCCUAGUUAGGCGUGUGUGCUCUAUGAUGUAAGAAAAACCUCAUAGGACAACCCAACUACACCACCUUAGGGAACAAACAAAAAUGACCUCUCAGCGGCCUCGUUUAGUCACCUGGUGACCUUCUCUCCACGACCUAGACUAGUGUUCCGGCUCAAUGAUAUACCCUUUUGUUAUUAAAGAUGUAAAGACUUGGUCUUCUUCGGUUCAAACAAAAUUUUUUUAGACCCCAACCUACCAACAUGCCAAUACCACCCAUCAGAUCUAGUCGAUUGCGUCCAUAUUUCUUCGCGGUACCAGCGUUACUCUAGGGGAUGGUUUUUUCCUUCUGUCUCUGGACCAUACGUAGUCAUCGUUAUCGAUGCAACUGACGAGACAGCAUGUGGAAAAGCUUUUGUUAAGGCUUCUUGAGAAGAUCAUGUAUAAUUACAUCUAUUUUGUGAGGUUGAGAAGAUGUAUCUAAUCUUUCUAUUUUGUCAACAAGUCUAUCAAUUGAAUCUUUUUUUAAGCGUCUGUCUCGGGAUUUUUCUUGUAGUUGGUGAAAAGACCAAGGGGGUAACCAAAAUGCUGACCAGGAUGGAUUAAUGCGAGCUCUAACUUUGACCAAGUUUUCAGCACGUUCUUGAAACUAGCAGACGUUGCGGCAAAGAUCAGACUCCCGGUGAUGCUCAAACAGAAGAUGGCUAUUGAGCAGGCAAAGACGUCGCAAGCUACAUCGAGAGUCUCGGAUGAUUCGAACGCAAGUGGAGGACCAGUUGAGAGGGGAAGAAAGAGUACUUACAUUACUGUUGUAAUCAAAGAGUAAUCAAUAUAAUCUCUUGAGAAGAACAAAAGCAGAUGAGUCGUUGCAGGAGGCCCAAACAUUAAAUUUUUGACUUGACCAAUCGCAAUCAUCAAAGAACCACAAGUACAAUUCAUAGUGAACAAGACUCAGAACACUAGUACCAAUACUCCAAAUUCUCUCCCUCACACAAAACCUUCCUCAGACGCCGACCUAGAACGCGCGGCUGCCGAACGUAAGCUCGAGAAGCUGAGGGAGGAGAAAGAGAGAAUCGCUCGCUUGCCACCUGAGCAACGUGCCAAACUCGAAGAGAAAGAACGACAAAGGGAAAUGAAAAAACGCAUGACUGGUGGCAGUAAAAUUAAAAGGAUGGCUGUUAACUAGUUGCUGUCAACUAGCUUGGUGAAAAACUACACUGUGCUGAUGUGUUGAUGUGCGCGCAAGUUCUCUAGGACUAAGCAUGACACAACUGAUGUAAAGGUACCACUACUUACCGCUAAUUUAGCUGUGCCCUAUUCCGAAUUUAGUUUUCAAGAAACAAUAAGAGUAUAACAUGGACUUGGAGACUCUGUUGAGAUUUUUUGUCAGCAUAGUGUACAACAAGCCUUUUACGUAACGUUAAGGGGAAUGCUCUUCUCGAACAACCUACGCAACAAUCACUCGACACGCAGAUUUUUUCAAAGUGUAGAUCUAAGAGGCGAUUGAGCCUAUCAUCUACCGACACAGAAUAGC